AUAAAACAUUAUAUGCAAUUCCUUAAUUAUUAGAUCUCAAAAAGAAAAUGAACUUGAUAAAAUAUUUAGUUUUUAAUUUCUACGGUCCAAAAAUGUGGAUGGUCUUUCUUCUUCUUAUAUGGGGAUUGAUUAUUGGGACUGAAUCUUCUACAUUGACAUCUCAACCUGAAAUGGAAGCAAAUGCUAUUUACAAUAGUGGAUGGUGGAACACUUCUGAUGCUAACUAUACCAUCUCCAAUCGGUGUAAUUGGGGUCAGAUAUCUUGCAACAAGGCUGGAAGCAUAAUAAAAAUCACCAUAGACGGUUAUUCAGAUGAAGGGGUGCGGGGCAACAUUUUUGGAACACUCAACUUGUCUACUUUCCACAAUUUAGAAAGCCUUGUUAUCAAGAAUGUUAUACUACAAGGGAGUAUCCCAAAAGAAAUUGGUCACCUCUCCAAGCUCACUCAUCUUGAUCUGUCCUCUAAUUACCUUGUAGGUGAGAUACCUCCUUCACUAGGAAACCUUACACAAUUGAAGCACUUAGAUAUAUCUGACAACUUAUUUAAUGGGAGUUUUCCUAUUACUAUCACAGGAAUUGGACUAAUUCAUCUUGAUUUGUCUAGUAAUUCUUUUAAAGGUGAGGUACCUCAUUUAAUAAAAAAUCUUAGACAAUUAGAGUACCUAGACAUAUCUUACAAUUGCAUUGAAGGUUCUAUUCCUUUUGAGUUGGGGUUCCUGAAAAAUCUCACUACAUUAUUUCUAUCUAACAAUAGGCUCAAAGGUGAGAUACCUUCUUCACUAGGAAAUCUCAAAAAAUUAGAGUCCCUAGACAUCUCCAACAACAAAAUUGAAGGUUCUAUUCCUCUUGAGUUGGGAUUCUUGAGAAAACUUACUAGAUUAAAUCUAUCAUUCAAUAGACUCAACGGAAACUUGCCUAUUUCCAUUACAAAUCUCACACAAUUAGAAUCCCUUAAUAUCUCUCACAAUUAUCUCAGAGGUUCCCUCCCAUCUAACUUGGGUCAAUUAAGUAACUUGCAAUUAUUUUGGUUAAAUAACAACUCUUUCAAUGGGACCUUUCCUAUUUCUUUGAAUAAUCUCACACAAUUAGUAUACUUUGACAUCUCAUAUAAUUUUCUCACUGGUUCCCUUCCAAUUUCGAUAAGAAAUUUCUUCCAAUUAGAAACCCUUAACAUUUCCCACAAUUUACUCCUAGGUACCCUUCAUUCCAAUUUGUUUCCAUUGACAUAUCAUUACGCUUCCAUUGACCUCAGUCACAAUAACAUUAGUGGUGAAAUUCCCCAAUCUAUUUGUAAUGUCUCUUAUGUUGACAUUUCCUACAAUUAUUUGAGGGGUCCCAUUCCAUUUUGUGUUCAUCCUUCUGCAGUAAUAGGGAACAAGGAUGUAUGUAAUAACACUUCAUGCGAUCAAAUCUACCUCCAAGGUCCCGUUUCAGAAAACAAAUUCUACUUUCAACCUUGCUCGCCUGUUUUUCAACCGUGCCCGCCUGUUUUUAAACCUAGCCAACCUCCCAAGAAAAUUAAUAAAGUAAAUCACCAUGUUGCCAUUUUUCUUCCGAUCCUUAUUGUUCUAAUCCUAGCCUUCUCAAGUCUCGUGUGCUUUAAACUUUGUAAUAAUUCUACGAAGAAAAAGAAUGGAAACACAACGACAACAAAGAAUGGAGAUGUGUUUUGUAUAUGGAAUUAUGAUGGUAAAAUAGCACAUGAUGACAUCAUCAAAGCAACAGAAGACUUUGACAUGAGAUAUUGCAUUGGUACAGGAGCAUAUGGAAGUGUUUAUAAGGCGCAAUUACCAUGCGGAAAAGUUGUAGCCUUAAAAAAACUUCAUGGUUAUGAAGCAGAAGUGCCGGCUUUUGAUGAAAGUUUUAGAAAUGAAGUGAAAAUAUUAUCAGAAAUAAGGCACCGACAUAUUGUGAAGCUUUAUGGAUUCUGUUUGCACAAAAGAAUCAUGUUUUUGAUCUACCAAUACAUGGAGAAAGGAAGCUUGUUCUCUGUCUUGUAUGAUGAUGUAGAGGCCGUGGAAUUCAAUUGGAGAAAAAGGGUUAACAUUGUUAAAGGAGUUGCAUCUGCUCUUUCAUAUCUUCAUCAUGAUUGCACGACUCCAAUAGUGCAUAGAGAUGUAUCUAGUGGAAAUAUCUUGCUAAACUCUGAGUGGCAGCCUAGUGUGUCUGACUUUGGCACAGCUCGACUCCUUCUACAUGAUUCAUCCAAUCGAACAAUAGUUGCUGGAACAAUCGGAUAUAUAGCUCCUGAGCUUGCAUAUACUAUGGUUGUGAGCGAAAAGUGUGAUGUCUAUAGUUUUGGAGUAGUAGCACUAGAAACUUUAAUGGGAAGACACCCUCAGGAACUAUUGUCGUCACUUCAAUUAGCAUCAACUCAAAACAUGAAAUUAUGUGAAGUAUUAGACCAACGUCUCCCAUUUCCAAAUAAUGCGAUGGUGUUACUUGACAUAAUUCGUGUAGCUGUAAUAGCAUUUGCAUGCUUAAAUUUCAAUCCUAGCUCUCGACCAACGAUGAAACGUGUGUCACAGAGCUUUGCCACUGAGCUUACACCAUUAACCAUUCCUUUGAGUGAAAUUUCAAUGCAGCAACUAAUGAGUCAAGAAUUCAAAGCAUUAUUUCAUAUUCUCAACCAUUGAAAGGAAAACUUGGAAUGUAUGUGUUGAGUUGAGUGUCUUAGAAUUCAAUAAAGACAUUGUAAAAGUCUAUUUACAUAUGUUGUUAUUUUUAGGUGUUUGAAUAAAAUUGAGCUACAUUUGGUUCCAA